CUCCGUAGUAAGCUAGUAUGCUGUAUAGUUACUAUAGGUGGCGGAGUGUGUCGCGCACUCCGUAGUAAGCUAGUAUGCUGUAUAGUUACUAUAGGUGGCGGAGUGUGUCGCGCACUCCGUAGUAAGCUAGUAUGCUGUAUAGUUACUAUAGGUGGCGGAGUGUGAUGUGCACUCUGUAGUACGCUAGUAUACAAUUUCGCACGUAGCCAUCAAUGGCGCUGAUGACGUCAGCGCGUGUUUGUAGCUCAGGUCCAUACCAUGCGAAAUUUACUACUUAAAACUACACAAGAAAGGAAAGAAAUAAGGGUAACGUAACUAAAUCACUUGCUGGGUUAUUAACUAACUAGUAGGCCAAAAAUACUGUAGGAUUUAGAUGCCUAGUUAGUGAAUAAUGACUAUUACCGACCGCCUGUAAAAUGAACCUGUUACAUCUUUCUGAAUGAAGGCAGGAAACAAAAACAUUUCAUCUGUUAUCAAGUUCUUAUGAUGUGGAUGUACAAGCAGCCUGGCUUUGCCCUGCAUCUCCUUUGUGAACUGCAGAAACAGCAGCAAUGCAGCGUUCACUGUGAUACACUUCUGCAGACAGAGGGUGUCUCUAUUCCUGCACAUAGCUGUGUGUUGUCUGCCCUCAGCCCAGUUUUUUGUAGAGCCUUUGCCAAUGCUCCUUCACUUCCAGUGGGCCAGAGUAGACUAGUACAGCUGGAGGCAGUAGGCGCUCAUGCUCUCCUGAAGCUGGUUGGGUUCAUGUACUCAGGUGAGAUAGAGGGAGAGAGCUUGGAUGAACAGCAGGAAGUGAUUAACAUUGCCUACAAGCUGGGCUUCAGGAACUUUAUGGUAGGGAAGCAAAAGCAGGUGAACAGGCACCAGAAUAAAACUGCAAGUUGGAGAGAGAUUGGACUGCAGACAGAAGAGACAGGAGGGAGAAAGAAAGAUGCAAGCAUACAGAUCCUGUCAGAGAAACAGAGUUUUUCUCAUUCAGGCACUCAGACAGAGAGCACUGAAGCUGACUUUGCAGACACGUGUAUUGCGUCAGAGCCAGAGGUGUCUAUAGACCUGCCUGAGGAAUUAACUGAUGUUCCUAGCGAAUAUAACAGCAUUUCUCCAGAUGCUGGUCUUGCCUGGAUAGAUGAGAUUGUUGCUCACUCUCCGUCAAACAGCGCUGAAGCGUUGGUUAGAGUGCAGGCCAAACCUAAGCAAACUCAAAAGGAAAAGAAAAGAGCAAAAAUUUCAAAGAAGCAGGGAGGCACACAGAUCUCACUGAAGAUUAAACUGAAGAGGCAGAGGAGUGGGGCAUUGUGGGAGAUUGUUAGCGUCGAAGAGGAGAGUACAGUUGAUGGAUCAAAACCUUGUGGAUCCUCUGAUGACCCACCAAUGACGCACAGUCUUGCUGAGACCCAUAAGCGCUCUGUAGAAGUCCAGCUGAGCCCGUCUCACUCAUUGACUUGUCAGAAUCUUGAAACUGUCACGCUCACACCUCCCUCAGAGCUGACCACGCCUCUUCCUGCCACACCAACCAGGCCCCCUUCAGAGUACUUUCAUCUCCAUAUCCCUGAUCCUGUUCCUCUCUCCACGCCUUUACAAAUGCCACCUCUAUUACCGGGAUUGUCACAGCCCGAAGAGUCUGAUGAACAUAUUGCAAAGCUGUUAGAGAUGGUCACAGUGGGUUUAAACAGCUUGCCCUCGGUCACAGUGGAGGGGGACAACAGCAUGCAUGCACACCUGGAUCAUAAAUUGGAGAAGUGUGCAGCUGUAGCUAAUUCACCAGCUUCAUAUCUUUGUUUGCUUGGCCAUAAUCUAGGAGCUAUGGGAUCUGGGACAACAUCAGGCACUUCUGAAGAAAGAGAAGCAGGGUCUGAGGACCUAUCUAGUUGCAGAAAAUGGGAUCUAAAGAAUGUUGCAUCAGUGGCAAGUUACCCAGCAUUGCUCUCCUAUACCUCCCCAUGCAUGACACAGAAGAAAAAUAUUGAUUCAUCAUUUACACCGUCAUGCCCCGUAACAGACAUUGUGCCAUCCAGACUUACUUUUGGUACUGAAGGUCAUGAGCAUCAAAAUGUAGUUGAGUUGAAGACUGUAUUUAAUAAUUUUUUUUGUGGGGCAGAUACUUAUGUACAGUCAGGGAAGCAGACUGUGAGUGAAGCCAGUGAAGAGAGUGAUAUACAAACUCAAAUCUCAAGAACAGCUACAAGUAAUGCAGCACAGGCUGAUCCCACACCAGUAGGAAAACAGUGUCCAGAGCAGCUUCAUGUAACAGAUCAGGUGUCAGCCUGGCAGUCAUCAGAUGUUGGUCAAGCCCAACAUCUGAUGACUGAUAAUUGGGCAGAUUUCAGCGAGAUGAGACUCCCAAGAUGUCUUUCACCUCUUACAUUAGAAGCAGGCGAAACAACUGGUAUGUCUGCCCAAGAUCCUUUAAGACCACUGGAAUUUUCUUCAUGCCUUUCUGCAUCACAUGUCAACCACCAACCCGCAUUGAGAUACACAUCUUCUCCAAUUCAACCACAAGCACUUCCUGGCAAAACUAACCAACAGAAUCCAUCAUGUACUUCUCUACAUGUAAAUGAGUUACAGUGCUCAGUGGUAGGGAAGAACUCAUGCCCUUUAAGAUCAAAUAGAGAUCACAAUGGCGAGGCCAGUGAGUGUAAAUCAGAAGAGAAAAAGACAAAAAUGACAGAUUUUGAGAAUGACCUGUUAAAGGGGACAGAAGACAACAUACUGGACAGACAGAUGAAUGAAUCAGUAGUCAGAGGAAUAUCUACAGCAAGUCACAGUGUUGAAACUGUUAAUGAGCCUUAUAGAAAAAAAGCUAAGAUGGCUGGUUACCCAAAUGGAGUCGAUACACAAACAGUGAAGGUGGUAAAUCCCUGCAGUGAGAAGAUAAAGAAUAUAAGACACAUUGACAACACACAAGACAUUAGUAACUCUGUACCCUCUGAGAAAAUGAAUUGCCUGAAGGCAGCCAAGGCAAGGAAAACAGUGUCAGUAGAUCUGAAAUCUCAGGAGAAUGUGGCACUCUGUCAGAUAAGUCAGUCUUUCAAGUGUAAACGUCAAGAGGCAUGCCAAAAAGAUGAUCGGGAUGCAAAACAACCUGCCUCGUUGGUGGCAAAACGUGGACGUGGGAGGCCCCUUCAAAAAAGAUCAUGCGAUAAAACACUGAUGGAAGACUUAAGCGAAAUAAGUAAACUUAACAGUACACCUGCAGUCCUUAACGCUUUGUCUUCUUCCAGCCAUCACGACAUACAGUUAACACAAAUGAGCAAGGAGUGUGUACCAAGACAUGUGAGUGGGAGCCCGCUUAAAGUAGAACAUCCUUUAGGCCUUGCACAAACCACUACUAAAGUAAAGGAUUUAAUCAAUGAAUGUGAAAAGAAUAAAAUACCAGAACCAGAAAUGGAAAAACCCAUAGAGCCUGAGAAAGUUAUUCCGGAUGUGAACCUGAACAGAGAAGAAAACAAACAGCUCAAAAGUUCUGCUAGUCUCUCUAAGAAAGCAAGUUUUUGUGAUAAGAUUUUCCAUCAGUCUAUUUUCAGUGUAGGCACCACUGUUACUCAGCAUUUUCCACCUAUUAAUCAUCAACUAAGAUCAAUUUUGCAGACAACUGAUAGAAAAAUCAGGACUAGUCUACCUUCAAGUCUCAUGUGUAAGAAGCUCAGAGAACCUCCAGAGCCUGAUCACAUGAGUACCAAGUUAACGAAGGACAACAAUAAACAGGAAAAGAAGGAUACAACUGAAGAAUGUGAGGUAGAGAGAGGUGUACGAGGAACUGAUAAACCUGAUGAAGUUUUAGACAAAUCUAAAGAUAAUAAAGUGGAUUCAGAAAACAGAGAUGACAGUGAACAAGAUGAAAAUUCAUCCAUAAAUGUAAAUGGAUGUUUGGUGAAUGGAAACUUUCUAAGAGAAGCUGAUACUAAUGCGAAUACUGGUAUAUCCAUUCAUGAUUCUGUUGAUCUGAAUGCUGCUUUUCAUUUGUGUACAAUCCCACCAGCAAGGGAUUUUAACAAUAAUUUUGGGAUGGAAAAUAACUCGCAGCAGGAAUCAACUACAACAUUACUCCAUCCGUUUAGACCUGAAAACAUGAUGGAGAAACCAAAAACAGAUGAACAAAUUACAGAAAGUCUUUGUGAAGUUCCAGUUUCUAAUGAGCCAACAGAGAUAAAAUUAAUCAAGACCAAAGAGUUGCAUCUCGAAGGGACUGGGAGCACUCAAAUUGGUAAUAUGGAAGGACAAGAAGUUUGGAAAAAGGAGAAAGAAAAUGAGAAAACAGUAAGGAAACCAGAACGUGUAGAAAUCAGCAGAAUGAAUGAAUAUGAAGCUGGGAUAAGUGAUGUUGAGGUGGAUGUGAUGGAUGAGAGCACUCAGCUUGCUACAGGUCGUGGAGAUGAAGUGGUUGCUACAGGGGCUGAUGUUGUUGAUAUUGAUGUAGAGGAAAGCCAAAUGUCUGUUGAGAUGGAUAAUGAUGGAGAAGCUCUUGCUCAUGAGGAAGAAUUAAAUGGACAGCAGGUUCUAAGGACUGAAGUUGAAGUCAUGCCACCAGAUGAAGCUACAGUUGAGAUGACUUCAGAAGUUCUGAAUCCUGAAGCAUCCUCUAUUCGACGUGGAGAGGAGCCUGAUCUCAGCAGCGCCUCAAUCGAUACCUUAGGUUCAUCAGCAGUGUUUCUGCCUGAUGUGAACACUGAAUCAGCAGAGGACUGCAGCAGUGCUGAAGAGGAGCUUGUUGUGGAUGACAUCUCUGACUCUCCUCUUGAGCCAUGCACUAUAGUUGGUACUCAGUGCAACACUAUUCUGGAAGAGGAGGAUGAAUUGAAUGAGGAGGAGGAGGGGGAGGAGGAAGAAGAAGAGGUUGAUGUGACUGGAGAGGAAUCAAAUUGAACUCUUCUUGCACUUUGCAGGCAUCAAAGUCUUUUCCCAAAUGAUGAAAUCAGUGUAACAAAAAGUUUAACACUGGUAAAUUUCUGUUUAUUUUUCAGGUAUAUUAUUAUUUUAAGAUUAUGUAUGUGUAUUUAAAAACUUAAUUUAUGCAGAUAGGUGUUGACAGUUUUAGUUGGAUCAAUUCAUUUGUGUAUAUUUUUCUCCUGCGUUAACAAAAACACCAAUAACUGUACAUUAUUUUUGUUUGUCUCUUGGUUAGGUCAUUAAGUAAAGCCUACAGUCUCUGGAAAAAUAUUUCUGUCAUAGUUCUGGGUAGGUUGUUUGGCUAAGAUACAUUGGUCUAGCUACACCCCUAGGUGUGAAUGAGUGUGUCAAUGUGUGUGAGUGGUGCCCUGCGAUGGACUGGUGUCCUGCGAUGGAAUGGCGUCCCAUCUGCUGGGGAAAAUCUCCUACCUUGUGCCCAGAGUUACCAGGAUAGGCUCAGGAUCCACCUUGAUCCUGACCAGGAUAAAGCAGUUACUAAAGAUGAAUUUAUUGAAUAUAUUAUAUUAUGGAGACCUUACACUAUGGAAGUCACAGGGUGGCACCUGCCUGCAUCCAGCC